AUAAUUGUUUUUAAAUUUGGCCACCUAACGCAUAUGCAAAUCCUUUUGUUACAGUGAAAAAAUUUUUUAAUCUGAACCACUGGACAUUUCCCUUUAAUUCAUAACUUAACGAUUUUUUUGAAAUUGCAUAAUUGAUUUUAAUCUAUAUCGUAUACCAGACGUUUAUUUUUCUUUUGUUAUCAUCAUUUAUGAGAAUGAAGGUCUGUUGUGUUAUGCAUUUGUUGUAUUCGCUAUUGUUUGAUACUUAAUAAUGUAACUUUUUUUUCCUCGUUUCAACGUUUCGACAGCCUUUGCAAAACUUUCCCUAAAAACGAGUUUGGGAGUUUAUUUUUAAUUCAAGGAAGUGAUUUUAAAUUUUCAUUUCAUCGACUAUUAAUAUUUUUUUUAAACAAAUGAGUGAAAAUUAAGUUUUUUUCAGAUAUGUGUACCCUUUUUGAUGUCAACAGAAGUUAGAAUGCUCUCAUAUUUAAAUUUAUCUAGUGUGAUGUUAAAGUAUGUCUAAAACUUCCGUUAGCGAAUCUCAAGCUUCGGCGUCAGAGACAGAAAAUGAUACAUCUAAGCAACAGAGAUCUGUUGCAUCGAAAAAUAAGCUACAAUCAAUGUCCGAGGAUUUAAACUCAAUUCCUCCAAAAAAUAGCCCAAACUCUGGACCUGAAAAGGAUACCAGUAAUCAAAAGAAUUCGGAUGCUCGAAGCUCCACUUCCGUAUCCUCUUCAUCAAAGUCUGAGAAAAAUGUAGACGGGGAACUGCAAGUGGAUGGGAAGUGGACCACCAAUAGUCAAGACAACUCUAUAUUUGCUGAUAAUUUAAGUAGGUCUUCAGAGUCCGGAAAGUCUGUCGACUUAUGCUCUCAAAAGUCUCCAGAAACUCAGUCGGUUAAAUCAACCUCCAAAGUAAAAUCAAAUGAGAAAAAGGAGAAGAAAAAGUCAUCUUGGUAUAAUAUGUUAAACCCCACCUAUAAAUCUAGAAGUGAUGAUUUCAAGACCCUCUUUAAAGAUCUACCCGACUCAGAGCGUUUGAUUGUGGACUAUUCCUGUGCAUUGCAGAAAGAUAUUCUUGUACAGGGAAGGCUGUACAUUUCUCAAAAUUAUAUUUGCUUUUAUGCUAAUAUAUUUCGAUGGGAGACUUUUGUGACAAUAAAGUGCCGUGAUGUCACGAGCAUGACGAAAGAAAAGACUGCGAGGGUGAUCCCGAAUGCAAUACAGAUAAGCACUGAUACAGAAAAGCAUUUCUUCACAUCAUUUGGUGCUAGAGAUAAAACUUUCUUGAUGCUUUUUCGCAUUUGGCAGAAUGCGUUGCUUGAACAGCCGAUGUCAUCGCAAGAACUGUGGCAAUGGGUCCACUACAGUUAUGGUGAAGAGCUGGGACUGACGAGUGAUGAUGAUGAUUAUGUAGCCCCCCUUAUAGUUGAUGAAGACUUAAAAAUUACCAGAAAUUCUGACCAGAGUCUACUAAAGGAUGAUCACAAAAGCGAUCCAAAUCUUCUAGACAUUGCAAAUGAACUUCUCAUUGAAGAUGAAUCAGAAACGGGAAAUGAAGUGUGUGUAUUUGAUCCUCCUCCUCCAUCUGUGAGUGAAGAAGCUGCUGAUAAAUCUUCACAAAAUUCUGAAUCCAAAAAUAUUCCCACUUUAAAAUCCACUGAAUAUCCCACCGACAUGAGUGGUACCACUGAGUCUGAAGAAAAUAUUGAAGAGAGUGAAUUCAAGUGUCCUUGCGUCAGCCACGAGGGAAAAGAAGUUUUGAAUGAUGUUUUUCCACUCUCUGUUGAUCAGGUUUUUGCUCUCAUUUUUACUGGUUCCAAGUUUUAUAAUGAUCUCUUAGAAUCUAGGAAAACUUAUGAUAUUAUGCAGAGUCCCUGGCAAAUCACCCCAGAGUUUGAUUUGAAAAUGAGACAAGUUACUUAUACUCUCACUUUAAAUCAUUCAAUGGCAAAAAGUGCUCAAACUACUGAAACUCAGAGGCUAUUGAAGCAUAGCAAGCCAGGACAAGUUUAUACUGUUGAUUGUGAUGUUGUUAAUACUGGAAUACCAUACAGUGAUGCUUUUACUGUGAAAUCUGUCUAUUGUCUCACAAGUGUUUCAAAACGAGAGACUCGACUACGGAUAUCUGGCUGUGUCCGCUAUAAAAAGUCCGUGUGGGGCUUAGUUAAAUCUCUUAUAGAAAAAAGUGCAAUGCAAGGCUUAGCAGAUUUCGCUACUGAUUUAGCGAGCGCCCUUCGUAAAGAAUCAGAAAUUUCUAGUCAGCAACCAUUAACCAAAAAAACACGAAGGAGAAAAAGAAUAAAACUGGAGCCCCUAAAAUGUGAAACUUUAAAAGAUGCACCUAGAAUAUUGCAGAGGCAGGCUACCAUGAAAAACAUUGGUACUUCUGUUCCUGUAGUUGACUUUAGUUGUCUUAGUACUACUCCAGAUAUUGUUAUACGAGUCAUAUUAAUUACGCUGGUUAUUCUUUUGUUUCUAAAUAUGUUGCUUUUCUAUAAAUUAUGGUCUUUAGAAGAUCAAAGUUCAAAACAAGUCCCAUUCAUGGAAUAUUCAGAUAGCCAAUCAUUAACCAAAGAAGAUUACAUUAAUUUACUUCAGAAACAGGAUUCCCUGCACAGAGCAGAAACGGAGAGGUGGCGAGAAGCACUGACGGAAGUCAUAAAACUCAUUCAUCUGAUAGAGAAGUCUCUUUCUGAAUUAAAAAGCAGCAUUGAUACGUACAGCAGUACGUCCAUACUAAAAACAAUAGCCCUCCGCAUGUCCCAAACCACUGAAGAAGCGAGCACCUCUGAAGAGCAGCAGCAAUAAAGAAAUUCUUUAAACAUGUUGUGUAAAUAAUUAUAUAGAGACUAUUUAUGUAAGGUUAUUUAGAUUUUUGAAUAUUUUCUCUAUGGGAUUAAAUAUGUUAGAUUUGUAUGUGUCUACCAAUAAGUGAUAUUUUUCUAAUUUCUUCUCCCUGUGUUCUCAAUGAAAUGAAUAGAUUAGGGUUGCACAGGCCUAACAUUCAUUUGAUUUUAAUUUAUUUUGAAUCAAAACUUUAAAUCCAUAAGUACUAAUUCAAGUGGUCAAAUUUUUCUUUUUAAUAUUCUAUUUUAAACAUAUUUUGAUAAAGGAAAAUAUUUUUUUUAAUCCAAAUUAAAGAUUUAAAUAAUUUAUGUAUAGAAAAUGAAAAGAAUAAUUGAUUUUUCUAUUGAGAAAAUUUUAAACCUAUUUAACUUUAAUAAUGAUGUACAUAACUGAAGUCAAUAUUAUUGAGUUUUAUAUUUUCACACAAUUUUGUUGAGCUUAAUCCAGAGUGUGUAGCGUUUCUAAAAAGUGCUUAUUUUUGAUUUAUGUUUUUUAAAAGCUCUUAUGUUUUUUAAAGGUGCUUGCUAAUUUAAUCUUUUAAAAAGAGUUUUUGUUCCUUUGCCAAGACGAUUGUCGUUCGAAAUUACAAAAAAUGCAUGAUUUUCAUAAUUCUCUCUGCAAUAUUUAUCAGAAACUAGUUAUUUUAUCAUGAUUAUAUUGAAGUUUUUGAAAA